GACCACUCUAGCUAGGCUCAGCUGCCGAUGUAUAUAUAUAUAUAUCCUGUGGAACGGCAUUUUAUUCCUACACUCCGUUCGGCAUGAAUAGUGUAGAUGAGUUGACGACGGCCUUGACGGCUCUGCACAUUCCGUCGACACACGUGACGGUGGGCGUGGCCAACCUGAUUGCGUCGCACAAAGACUUGCGCACCUUGCUCGUCAACCGUCGAUUGCCGGAACACGGUUGGUCAGACGUCCAGAUCCAACACGUUCUGUAUACCAUGGCAACGUUGGAUACGAACAACAAACGCAGUGGCAGCAGCAGCUCGGACGAUUCCGGUUCGUCCCGGUGGUGUGGAGUCGGCGAACGCGAAGGACGCGUGUACAGUGCCCUCGUCUCGUCCCGCCAUUUCGGUCUAAGCCACGGCGUGGGACGCUCCGGAGACAUUGCCGAACCGCAACCCAAAGCACUGGGGUCGACCGUCCUCGCCAAACUCACGCUGUGCUUGGUUCUGGACGCGGUCCGGCGGGGUAGUGGACUGCAUCCGCAAACGGCCGCCAAAUCCGGUAUUCUCCUACCGCUCUGUACCGGUAUGAGUAUGGCGCUCGUGCUCGGUACGCUGCGGCAACUACAAGACAACCACCAAACCAGCGCGAAUGCUGCAAUAAAACCGUACAGAAAUAUUGUCUUGUGGAGUCGGAUUGAUCAAAAGAGUUGUUUCAAGGCGAUCCAGUCGGCUGGCCUGGAGUGCGUUGUCGUGCCGACGCGAUUGGCAGGUGACGCGGUCGUGACGGAUUUGGAUGCCUUCCAGGCGUCUCUACUGACUUACGGAGACCGCGUUCUGGCCGUCGUGACCACAACGUCCUGCUUUGCACCGCGGGUGCCCGACCAAGUGGACGCCGUGGCCAGACUGUGCGCCGAACAAUGUGUACCGCACGUCAUCAACAACGCGUACGGGUUGCAAAGCUCCGAUACGUCCAAACUCCUCAAUCGGGCUUGCGCAGUCGGUCGGGUGGAUGCGAUUGUGUGUUCGACCGACAAAAACUUUAUGGUGCCCAUUGGUGGUGCGAUUGUUCUGUCACCGGACGAAAGCUUGAUCCAGAACGUGGGCAAGGUAUACGCCGGUCGUGCGUCGGCUUCACCCAUGCUGGAUUUGUUCAUUACGUUGUGCUCCAUGGGUCUACGGGGCUAUCAACAAUUACUGACGUCCCGGCGCAUACUACUCCCUACGUUCACGGAGCGGUUAAAAGAAGUCGCGAACAAGUACGGUGAACGGGUCCUGGAGUGUCGGACGAAUUGUAUCAGUUUUGGAGUCACUUUGGAUGGCUUGGUCCGUCCACCACGCCAAGACGAGGACGAUGUUGCGUAUCGGACGAGUGUGAGUAGGGACGUAUCCAGCUUAGGUGCUAUGCUGUUCCAACGGUGCGUGAGCGGGACAAGGGUGGUACCCCGGGGCACGGUGCAGCGCAUGGGCGGGAUGGAAUUUUGCGGUUUUGGGAGUAGUCACGAUGCCUAUCCACACGCCUACUUGACGGCGGCGUGUGCGAUUGGACUGACCGCGUCCGAAGGAGACGACUUUUUUACUCGGCUCGAUCAAACGCUGCACGAAUUUCAAAAACGACAGCGGCGUCGCGCUUGACGGUUGAGGAGACACAAACGUAACAUAACUCAAGGAUGGAUUGAACGUGA